UGGUUCAAUUUCAGUUCACCAGUUCGCUCUGCACACCAAAAAAAGCUUUCAAAUCAAUCUCCGAUCUCUUUUUUUCUCUCUCUAGCUUCGCUUCUUUAUUCCACCACUUUCUAUCUCUAGAUUCGGUGUAUUUAUCGCGGACUCACUCGAAUUCAAUACGCAAUCGAUUAUAUUGUUCGAUUUUGCUCUCUCGGAUGUGCGUCAAGAAAUGAAGAUUGAAUCUUGGAGUGUUCGUGGAGUGUUCUAGAGUUUCGCAACAACAGUCCGCCUUCAAUGGCGAUUCGAGGCGUAGAUUUCAAGUGGUACGAUGGGUUUUUCUUGUCAAUGCUUGCCACAAGUAUAAUCAUUGUUGCGAUCAAUUGGAAGCGGUACCAUUCUUGUACACAUCCUUUGCACACAUGGAUUGUGGUUGACUACACUGUUGUGUUUGUUUUUCGGCUCUUGAUGUUCGUAGAUAAUGGGCUUGCUGCUGGUAUGGGAUUGGAUUUCGGAUGGCAGCAAAGAUAUGCACGUUUUUGUGGAAGAUUAGUGGUUCUUUCAAUUCUCUCUGUGCUGCUCUAUCCAUUUUUGUGGGCGUGGACUAUUAUUGGUACCCUGUGGUUCACUAGAGCAAGAAAUUGUUUGCCUGAAGAAGGUCAGAAAUGGGGUUUCUUUAUUUGCUUGCUUUUUAGCUACUGUGGACUCCUUUGUAUUGCCUGCAUGUCUAUAAGAGGGUGGUUAAAACGGAGACGAGCACACUUACUACGGGCUCAGCAGGGGAUUCCUGUUUCAGAAUAUGGGGUGUUGGUUGACAUGAUUCAGGUACCGGAUUGGGCAUUUGAAGCUGCUGGCCAAGAAAUGAGAGGCAUGGGCCAAGAGGCAGCAUACCAGCCCGGACUAUACUUGACAGCAGCUCAGAUUCCAAUGUUACUGGAAUGCAUGCAGAGAGAAGCAGUGGAGGCACUGAUUCAGGAACUUCCAAAGUUCAGGCUCAAGGCUGUUCCCACUGAUUGCAGCGAAUGUCCCAUCUGUCUAGAAGAGUUCCAUGUGGGAAAUGAGGUUCGUGGCCUUCCUUGUGCACACAAUUUCCACGUGGAAUGCAUUGACGAAUGGCUUCGUCUGAAUGUGAAAUGCCCCAGGUGCCGUUGUUCCGUCUUUCCAAACCUUGAUCUCAGCGCACUAUCCAAUAUCCGGCCUGAUUCUGAACGGUCAUCAUCUUCCAGUGUCGUGACAACAACCCGUUAUGCGAGAACCCCUCAACCUCCUAGCCAGAGUUACCUAUUGAGAUUGCAAGGUUUGUUACGACCAGUUCAUACAGAAACUGCAGGGCUGGGCCAUGAUGCAGACGUUGCGUUGGAAACCGCUGAGAACAGAGGUAUGUCAGUUGCAAUUCGGGACCCCACAAAUGUUGAUGCGGGAUACCCUGUUGUUGAACACAUAGUAGUUGUGCAGUCAAACCCUCCUCAACACUAGUCUCUUUUUUGGACUCUUUUGUGAUUAAACCGGUAUUAACCGCUGAGAACAGAGGUAUUUCUGUUGCAAUUCGGGACCCCACAAACAUGGAGGAGGGAUACCCUGUUGUUGAACACAUAGUAGUUGUGAAGUCAAACCCUCCUCAGCACUAGUCUUUUUCUCAGACUCUUUUGUGAUUAAACCGGUGUUACUUCUUAGUCUAACCACACGUGAAAUGGAAGUGUGUCCAUUGAAUAGUUAUGUUAACAUGAUUUUUUUGAUCUGAAACCCCUGUAAUUGAAUGUUUCCUUUGGUAUGUUUUCUCCUACUGUUUUUACGUCGUUAUGUUUCUAGCAAGGAUAUGAAACAAUAAGCCAGUGCUUACCAGAGGAUGUGAAUGAAAACAACUUUAGGCAGAUCUAACUGAAAUCUUUCUUGUUUGUAAGGCUAUGUUUGGAAUCAACAACUAAGAAUGAGAAUGUUAUUACUAUCAA